AAUUUAAUAGGACCCCAGCGCCUGCAUGAAAACAGAAGAGAAACUUCUGAAAUUGUAACGUUUAAUAACUAAAUAAAUCAUGUUUAUUUCUUCACAAAGUUCCGCACCUGUAUUUAAAGAUGUGACGCUCAUAAUGCCAGCAGUGGCUGUAGGUAAUGUGGGCCAGCUGGCGGUGGACCUCAUCAUUUCAACCUUAAAUUUACGCCGAGUGGGUUACCUCCACACAGACUGCCUCAUUCCCAUGGCGGGCAAUAACCCGUUCGCCACCUGCAAGGACCCAGAGGAGCUGCACACAGCUGCAGAAGUUUACACUGCAUCCGAUCUCAAACUGGCCAUUCUUCAGAUUAGGGCCCCGAUUGUGAUGGCAAAAUCCAAGAAGUUUCGUCAGCUGCUACUGUCAUGGAUCAAAACUAGUGGUUUCUCCAGGACGAUUGUUCUGUCCAGCAGCCAUGAAUACCAGAGGGAUGACCAGCAGCUGCAAGGAACUCCUUUGAGGUACUUGAUCACACCGAGCCUCAUGAAAGAGUGUGCAGAUGCCCUGAAGGAGCUGGGCUGGAGGGAGAUGGAGAGGGUGCCAGGUAGUCAAGGUUGUUCAGACGCCAAGACGGCGCCCCGACUUUUCAUCCCCGGUGGGGGUAUCACCAAAGGGCUUUACACAGACAGUUGCGCUAAGGAAUUCCCGCUGGCCGUGCUGCUCAUCUUCUGCUCGGAGGGAGACAACAUACCCGAUGCCUUCACGCUCCUCAAUCACCUCAACGACUGGCUUCACCUGCUGGACAGCCCUAAGCAAGACGCCAAUAAAUGGAAGAUCCCAGCAUCCUGGAGUCUCCUCUUUGGGGGUGGCAUUCCCCCAGCACUCUUCUGAAAAAUCUUAAGACAUAACCCGCCGCUUUGUCAUUGAAACAUAAUGACAUACAGGAACUGACUACUUCUGCAA